CCCAAUCAGAAAGUAGAGGGAGGAGGGCUCUUCCGGUGUCAUGGCGCCAUAAGACGUAGACUAUAUUCAUUACUGAGAACCUCUAUCUGACUAGACCGUCAUUUUUUGUAACUUCAAACGGCAGCAACCUGCAUUCAAAAGGUUGUGGGAGACUCUUAUGCCACAAAUGGUGACGUUUUGGAAUGGGUGCAGGAAUGGAAUGGAAUCGGGAGGCAAUGACCCUGGAGGAUGUAACUGUGAACUUCAGCAAGGAGGAGUGGGCUCUGCUGAAUCCAUCCCAAAAGAAGCUCUACAGAGAUGUGAUGUGGGAAACGAUUAGGAAUAUAAAUGCUAUAGGAAGGACUUGGGACAACCACCAGAUUGAAGAAAAACACAAAAAUUGCUCAAGAAAUCUAAGAAAUGAAAAGGUAGCAAAAUGCUUCAAAUAUACAACUUACAAUCUACAUGAAAACAUAUUCCUUUGGACUUCAGAUACUAAUGUGGACAUGCAGCAAGCUGCUUUAAAGGCAGGUGGAAGUCUUCUUUGUAGGGAGCCCUUGAUUGGACAUUUAUCAUUAAAUGAGCUCACCUUAUCUCACCCUAGAGAGAAGCCACAUGAGUAUUUGGGGUAUGAUGACAAGCUAAGUAAAUGCAGUGAACCUGGAAAAACUUACAGUGAUUUUCAGUACUCUCAGAAGCACACAAAGACAAGGAAUGGAGAGAAACCUUAUCAAUAUGAGCAAUAUGAGAAAAACUUCUCUGAACCUAGUGAAAGAAGUCAUCCUGGAGAGAAGAUCAUUGUUGGCCAGAAAAAUGUGAAAGCGGCCAGCACCACCAGUGGUUUUCAAAUCCAGAAAAGAAUUCACACUGGGAAGAAAUCAUAUGUAUGUAAGCAAUAUGGAAAAAACUUCAGUGCUGAAAGUUAUAAAAUUCUAGAAAGGAUUCACAUAGAGGAACAACCUUAUGUCUGUAAGCAAUGUGGAAAAGCAUUCCAUACACACAGUUCCUGCCAAAGACAUGAAAGAAGUCACACUGGGGUGAAACUCUAUGUAGGUAAGCACAGUGGGAAUUCAUUCAGCAGAUACACUCAAUGUCAAAGGCAUGAGAGGACUCACAAUGGGGAGAAACCUUAUGUAUGUAAACAAUGUGGGAAAGCUUUCACCAGACACAGUUAUUGUCAAAUACAUGAGAGAAUUCACACUGGGGAGAAACCUUAUGUGUGCAAGCAAUGUGGAAAAGCAUUCACCAUAGGGGCUAAUUAUAAAAGACAUAAAAGAACUCACACUGGAGAGAAACCUUAUGUGUGCAAGCAAUGUGGAAAGGCAUUCACUACAAAGAAUUAUUAUAAAUUACAUGAAAACUUUCACACAGGAGAGAAAGAUUAUGUGUGCAAGCACUGUGGGAAGGCAUUCACUACACACAAUAAUUGUCAAAUACAUGAAAGAAUUCACACUGGGGAGAAACCUUAUGUGUGCAAGCAAUGUGGAAAGGCAUUCACGACACACCAGUCUUGUCAAGUACAUGAAAGAACACACACUGGGGAGAAACCUUAUGUGUGCAAGCACUGCGGGAAGGCAUUCGCUGCAUUCCGAUCUUGUCAAAUACAUGAAAGAACUCACACCGGGGAGAAACCUUAUGUGUGCAAGCAGUGUGGGAAGGCAUUUACUACACAUGAUCAUUGUCAAACACAUGAAAGAACUCACACUGGGGAGAAACCUUACGUGUGCAAGCAAUGUGGGAAGGCAUUCACUGCAAAAUAUUCUUAUAACAUACAUGAAAGAACUCACACAGGGGAGAAACCUUAUGUGUGUAAGCAAUGUGGGAAGGCGUUUGCCUCACACCGAUCUUGUCAAGGACAUGAAAGAACACACACUGGAGAGAAACCUUACGUGUGCAAGCAAUGUGCAAAGCCCUUCACUACACACCAAUCUUGUCAAAGACAUGAAAGAACUCACACAGACAGAGCCAGGUGCAUCAGAGCAAAGGAUCUGUGCCAGAAGACUAAAUGGUCUGAGCUAGCGGCUGAAGAGUCUGGCCUGGAAGCCAGGAGUUUCCUUGAAUGUGACAGUGAAUACUCGAGCUCCUCCACAGAAACACAAGAAGCAGUGACCUUGGAGGAUGUCCUUGUGAACUUCACCAUGGAGGAGUGGGCUGUGCUGAAUCCAUCCCAGAAGAAGCUCUACCAAGAUGUGAUGUGGGAAACAUUUAUGAAUAUGACUGCUAUAGGAAAGACCUGGGACCACCAGCAAAUUGAAGAAUACAAAAAUUGCUCAAGAAAUCUAAGAAAUGAACUAGCAAAGUGGUAUCAAUAUAAAUCUUGGAACCAACAUGGAAAUAUUUUCCUUCGAACUCCAGAUGCUAAUGUGGACAUGCAACAAGCUGCUUUAAAGCCAGCCAGGAGCCUUGUUUGUAGAGAGCCCCUGAACGUGCAUUUAUCUCCAAACAUGCCCAUGUUACCUUACUUGGGAGAGAAGCCACAUGAGUAUUUGGGAUUUGAUGACAAGCUGAGUAAAUGUAAUGAACAUGGAAAAAACUGCAGUGAUCUCCAGUCCUUUCAGAAGCAUGCAAGGACAAAAAAUGAAGAGAAACCCCAUCACUAUCAGCAGUAUGGGAAAUCCUACUGUGAACUUAGUGAAAAGUCUCUCCCUGGAGAGACCAUUGUUGGUCAGAAAAGUGUGAAAGCCUCCAGCACCUGCAAUGGUGUUCAAAUUCACGAAAAAAUUCACACUGGGAAGAAACCAUUUGUAUGCAAGCAAUAUGGGAAAACCUUCAAUACUGAAAGUUGUAAAAUUCAUGAAAAUUUUCACAUGGAAAACAAACAUGUUUGUAAGCAGUGUGGGAAAGGAUUUGCGGAUAAGUCUGAAUUUCAUAGACAUAGACAUAAACAAACCCACACUGGUGAGAAACCCUAUGUUUGUAAGCAAUGUGGCAAAGCAUUCAGCAGACGCAGUAACUGUAAAACACAUGAAAGAAGUCACAAUGGGGAAAAGCCCUAUGUUUGUAAGCAGUGUGGAAAAGCAUUCAGUGUACACAGGACCUGUCAACGGCAUGAAAGAAAUCACACUGCAGAGAAACCAUUUCAAUGUAAGCAAUGUGGGAAAGCAUUCAGCACACACAGCUACUGCCAAAUACAUGAAAGAAUUCACACUGGGGAGAAACCCUAUGCAUGUAAGCAAUGUGGGAAAGCAUUCAGCAGACAGAGUAACUGUAAAAUACAUGAAAGAAUUCACACUGGGGAAAAACCAUAUGUAUGUAAGCAGUGUGGAAAAGCAUUCAGGAUAUAUAGUGGCUAUCGACUCCAUGAAAGAAUUCACACUGGGGAAAAACCCUAUAUAUGUAGGCACUGUGGGAAAUCAUUCAGCCAGUACACUCGUUGUCAAAGCCAUGAAAGUACUCACACUGGGGAGAAACCCUAUGCAUGUAAACAUUGUGGGAAAGCAUUCACUACACACCGUUAUUGUCAAAUACAUGAAAGAAAUCACAGUGGGGUGAAACCUUAUGCAUGCAUGCAAUGUGGGAAAGCAUUCACUACACACCGUUAUUGUCAAAUACAUGAAAGAAAUCACAGUGGGGUGAAACCUUAUGCAUGCAUGCAAUGUGGGAAAGCAUUCACUACAAAGGGAUAUUAUAACAUACAUGAAAAAAUUCACACAGGGGAGAAACCUUAUGUGUGCAAGCAAUGUGGGAAGGCAUUUGCAACACAUAAAUAUUGUCAAAAACAUGAAAAGAUUCACACUGCAGAGAAACCUUAUGUGUGCAAGCAAUGUGGGAAGGCAUUCACUAUGCUUCAGUAUUGUCAAAGGCAUGAAAAAACUCACACAGGCAUGAAACCCUAUGCACAUAAUCCACGCAGAAAAAAAUUUUCUGAUGUGUCAUUUUAUAUACAUAGAUCUCACACUGGGGAGGAACCCUAUGUAUAUAAGCAAUGUUGAGAAAAUAUUCAUUGAACAGAAUUUUUAUUAACUAUAGGGAAAAAACCCUAUAUAUGUAAGUCUAUUUUGAAAAUCCUGUGAGAAUUCCUCAUGAAGUGGAGACCAGUACAAAUUAAAAAUUUUAAUGUCAGUGUGUCUUCUAAAUUUUUCAGAAAAUAGACUCAGGGGCUGG